UCACAGUUUACGUCACGCCACCAUCGUAAUAUAAGAUGCAGCACAACAAAGACUGACCACUUCAUUCUACGCUACGCUUUGUCGUCUGGGGAAAUGCGUAUGAGAAUGCCAAUGACCCUUCUUUCCCGCCUUGUCCUGUUGCUGCUGAGUGUGUGCGGGUCGGCCCGCGGCAAUGUCACUCCGCUGAGUACAGCGGACUGCUGGCCCGGUGCUGUUGCGACGUCCUCCCCGCUGAGCGGCCACAGUGUCCCUGACGUCGUCUUUUCGACGUUCGCGGGCAUUGAGGCUGUUCUGAGGACGCAGGCACAGGUGUUGUCCCUACAGGAGACGCGGGAUGACGGCGCCACCGUCAGUAGGUACUGUUUCACGUCCCCGUCACCAUGGCGGAAGCAACAGCAGGCCAUCCGACGUACCAGACGGUAUCCAUGCUGGCCGAUCCGCUGCCCGGAUACUCUCCACCGCCGGCUACUGCGCAGGUGCCGCUCAUAACGGUGGAUGUGGAAAACGGACAGCUGGUCGGAACGGACGUCUUCACCGGUCAGACCAUGUCGGAAUAUACGUCACUCCCUGUCACAAAUGUCAGGUUUACGUACCACGUGACUUCCACGUCGGCCUCAUUCUCAGCUCUUGGUAGUUACGUCAUCGGCAAUGCGACCUUCAGCGUCCGUGCCCUGACAACAAGGGACGGAAAGUUCUCGGUGACGGGCACGUCCCCCUCCCCGCUACCGUUCCGUGACAUCGAGCGGCAGUUCUAUAUCCCCGCACCGCAGGGCGUGUACGGGGAGACCGUGGGCAGGGUGGGGCUGGAGGACACGGUGUUCCAGUCCCCCACCCUGACCGUCUGUACGGACGACUGGGGCGUGCAGGCCGGUCUGCAGAUAUCUGGGACAGUAGAUCUGCCGUCACUUGCGGGUGUACCAACCUACAUCGAUGUCGUCGUCAGACUGACAGAUGGGAGAUACCAUUUGUCCACGGGUGUGAUCGUGGAGAGUCAGUCUCUUCAGGGUCUGGUCCACACAGUUACAGGACAGGACAUUCCCUUCCUUUCAGCUAUCGCCACCCCCGGAUUUGGGGUAAGUGUAUGUUACCACGUUUGCAUGCUUAGAGUGACUUCUUACUUCCAGCAUAUUCCCACUGGUAUUACGAAACAGACCCGUUUAAAUGUUUGCACUGACUUGAACGCGAUGACAUACAGUACUUCACCUUAUGAAAAUGAAGCGACCUAUCUAGGCCCAGGGUGUCCUAUUCUCCACAGGUUGGUCUGUCAUUUGCCGACAACGAGACCAAUCUUUUGGGGACUCCAUGCCUAGGAUACAGGGAGGAGCCGCUGGCCUCGGAGCUUGGCCACACCGUACCCAAGGAUCUGCACAUGGUUCUGAGGGCGCAGCUGCCGCCGGACUGUGGUGGAGAGACAUUCUGUCAAGUGUCAAAGAUGCUGCUGGGCGACGACACCGCGCUUCUGCUGACCGGAAAGAUGUCCGCGGCCUCCAUUGCCGUCAGCGGCGGGUUACAGGACGUCAGCGUGGGGGCACUGACCUUCAGCUCCGUGGGACUUUUCAUGGAGUUCUCACGCGGACGCACGGCCACCUAUGGACUUGGUUUCCAAGUGGGGAUGCAGUUCCCCGUCCAAGGCACGGUGGCUCACG